CCCGGCCUCUCAGCGACAUUUCAUGGAAGGAACGGGUCUAUGUUUUCGCUAUGCUGAUAGCUAUUCUCACCACGGCUGGCUUCACAAUCUACCGUGUGUCCACAGUGGACACCACAAACUCAGAUUUUGUCUUUGGCCUGGUACUGAUUCUAAACGCUGUUUGCCUCGUAGCGAUGGUCAUCGAUGGGGUGCUGAGAGAACGACCGUCCGAGCUGUUCAUUUUGUCCGUGGCUACAGUCUUCAUCCUGGUCUACAUGAUCGUCAACUUUGCUGCCGGGUCUCAGGGGAACGUCAAACUGUUUCCCAAAGAAUCAAAAAUUUCUGCAAUUUUGUUCCUUCUCUUCAGUCCAGCUGAAAUUGGCUACGUUUGCUACAAGAUGUAUGACUGCAAGAGUCUCCGAGAUCUUCGUGCUAGUCUGUCUUGGAGAACGUUAUUAUUCUGUUGAUGGAAUAUUAUAUUCUGAUUUUUCGACACUUUUACGGAACACACAGACUUCAAAGAGGAGGUGACAGUGAACGUACUUAUGUAAACGCGAACUGUGCCCCUCUGAAUCAGACCACCGAUGUAUAUUUACGCGAUGGCCAUACCACCCAUUCAAGCAAGUCCAGGUUUAUUCAAAAUUAUCCAUGUUUUUCGACUGCUUGUUCAACACACACGCUUCAAAGAGGAGGUGACAGUGAAUGUUAAGGACAGUCCAGACAAGGCCAUUGUUAUCUCGUCGUCAGUCAAACGGAGUCAUCAGUCACUGAAGGCUGCUCUCGUAACCCUACUUACUUUACUUUGACUUUUUCCUGCCAACUUUUACCGUACGGUGUCGAGGAGAAAAGCAAACAUUUUUGUCUUCUUAAAUUGUUUGUUGUAUCGCCUGUUGCGUGCUAUUAAUGGCAUUAUUGUUUUUGUCAAAUGUUUUUCUGACCCCCUCUAUCCAUCAUUUCUUGUACUUGUAAGUGAGUGGUGGGGGUGUGGCGGAGGGGAGGGGGGAUGGGAGGAGGGGAAGGGGGAUGAAUGUAACCAUUUCCUGUUUAAUUUGCCUGAACACUAACCCUACCGUUUCUUUUCUUUUUUUUGUUGCUGCCUGUCCGUCUCCCUUUGUCACUGCACUGAGUGAGUGACCAGUGUUGUGCUAGAUGUGCUUCUCUUUACUUGAAGCUAACCCUUCUUUUGGAAUUAUAUUUUUGGAGAAGGUAACGUUGUCUUCAUAGAUCUAUUUCCUUGUGCUGGUGACAAAUCAGUGAUAUUUCUCUGGCUGUGAACUUGCUUGGGGGGGUGGGGGGGGGGGGGGAGGAGAAAGAGCCUUCCAACCUAAAGAUGAAAACUGUAAAGAAGUUAUACUCUAAUUUCAUCACAGUUACUACGACUAUGAGUAAAUGUGUCACAAUAUGGUGGAAUCAGGCGCUCGUCAAUUUUGGGGUAUAUGGAGUUAUUGGUGUCAUCUUAUAACGUGUUCAUUUGUCUUGAUGUUAAUGACAAACCACCCAUCUAUCUUGAAAAAAAAAAAAGGUAUUGGUAGUUGAAAGAGGUGGGAAUUUUGCCUGGUGUCCGUGGAAAGAUUAAAUUAGCUAGAAAAUGGCCUUCAUAGUUUUGGUGACUUCCAAAGCCUGAGAGUAAAUGAGAGUGCUUAGAAACUACAAAUUACACUUUUCUGUGCCCAUAAACAUUUUUUAAAAAAAGAGUAAAAUCCACACAGGAAUGUGUUUUCCGAUUGACAUAAAGGAGUCGAGCCAAAA